UUGUAGGUGGUGUUGGGAUCACCCUUGGGAUGGUUGCCAUUGCAUACCACAAACUCAGUAAAAAAUUUGAUCUGGUGCAGGAGGAAAAUAGAGUUGGGGAGUCCGGCCUGGAAUCAAUCCAGUGGAAUUUCUGUGAAGACAAGGAAACUCUAACUAAGUGCCAUGCACUGUACAACAGCAACUACAAAUCCCAUCAGCCCUGGGACAGAGAAGACUCUCCUUGUCAGGGAUCAGACAUGCUGGGGAGUCAUUUCACCUGUCACAAGUGCAGCUCUACAGCACAUGUGGUAGGAAAGCACAAAAGAGAGACUGUCCUGCAUAAACCCACACAUGUAGGUGAACAGCUGGCUAAUCAUCAACAUGAGGGGAAUGAUAAACAUUCUGUGUUGCAACAGAGGAUCAAAGAGAUAAGUGGACAAAGACAUAAUGAGAGCGGGGCAGGCAUUCCAAACAGCUAUCUGGGCAGUCAGGGUACUUCUUCCCAACAUCGUGGGGGUUCAAACGACAUCUCAGCUGUCAGAAUGCGGCAGCUGGCCCUCCGUAAUCAUUUCUCUGCCCUCCAGAGAGGAGCUUUAAGACCCCCAGAACAACUCUACAAUGAAAUAACUCAAGGAAAUCAUUCACUGUUAAAGCCCCAGGCUGAGGAAGUUGGUGUUCAACCGAUUUACCAAACCAUCAGCUGUCUGCACUGUCAUCAGACUUAUGAAUACAGACAAGCUGGGAUUAAUAACCAGAACUUUACAUUUACAACUCACUCAAAGAACACAGUUCAAAACGGAGCACAAAUGUACAAUGCCAUGCUAUACAAAGACAACUUGGGUUAUGACAAGUCAAAGGAUGGGAGACAUGGUGAAAGUCAAGCUGCUGAGCUGGGCUUUAAGUUAGAUUCUCAAAGAAGUGUUACCUUUGAUCUAGGUGAGACUGAGAAACAUGUUCUCACCACAAUGGUUGACAGACACAAAAAGAAAAGUAAGAUGAAGGACUUUAAAACAUCUACACAGAAAACCCCCUGCAAGCUGGGUAAGACUAAGAGCAGCACACAAGGACACUUAAAAACCCAGAAAACCAGAGUACAGGCGAAGAGGACACUGAAAGUUAAAUUAAAUUUAAACCCCCUUCGAAAAAUCAGUGUUCAUCCAAAGUCCACUGAUAAAGAAGAAAUUGAAGAAGACAAGAUGUACAAAAAGGGUAAGAAGGAAAAACUGAAAAGAAAAAAGAACAAAAGAGAUCAUUUAAAAUUAAAUAAAACUAGCAAAGAAUCUAAAGAUAACACAGAAUUCUCAGGAAGUGAGGAAGAGGAAAAUGAUGCUAUACAAGAUAUCUCUAAAAAGAAGCAUACUAAAAAGGGAAACCAGGAAUCAAAGUCCCUGUCUAAGGAUACAGAUUAUUUCAAUACAGAAAAGGGUCAAACUUCUAUUUCUGUUCAGGGAGAAACUGAAAUUGCAUCAACACUCCCACUAACACUCAAUUUAGCUCUUCCAGAUGAUCACAACGUUCUUACAGCUCCAUCUCCCCCCGACGUUCUGGAUUCCAGUGACACUCAGCAGCUAUCCAAUUUAAAUAUUGCACUUCCUGUGAGUGAAUCCACUGAUCCACAGGAUUUAGUGGAUCAGUCCAGCAGUUCAGACCUGAUUAGCUCUGGUGCACCUGUCAUCCAAGAAUAUGUAUCUUCAGCUGAGGGUUCACCAAAGAGGAAGUUAAGACUCAUUUUACCCGAAAAAACUACCAACAGGCCACAAACAGCACUCGAUAAGAAAAUCAGAUAAUGUUAUUCCUUACAGAUAAUGUAAAAUAUAACAUGCACAGCUUAGUUCAUUUGAUAAAUGUCUGAUAGAUAUGGACUUUUAAUAUUGUGUAGUUUUGUUUUAAGUUAUUUGCAUUUUAUUAUACACAAAAAGUGUAUAAUUUUUAAACAAUUUUCACUCAGAAAUUGCUAGUACAUUUCACAAAAAAAUAAAAAAAACAAAUAGUAACUAACAUUGAGGUAAACAUACAAUUUUGAAGUAGAAAGUAAGCAUUUUCUUUUUAGACAUACUCAAAUAACUUUUAUAUACUCUUACAU